UACUUCACCCCACUUUGGGCUUUUUUCUGUUAUUUGGUCCCCUUCACUUCACCUUCUCCAUUCUUCUUCAUUCUUCAUUCUUCAUUCUUCAUUCAAGUGUAAUAUAACAUACAUUAAUAUGAACAGAAAUAACAAUAAUAAUAAUGGCAACAGUAGAGAUGACAAGCCAUGCUGCUAUUUCCAUCCAAAGCAACUUCUUAUUGGUGUUUGUCCCUUGUGUCUCAAUGAGAGGCUUCUCAUAGUAGCUGCAAAACAAGGCCACCACCGUCAUCGCUACCACCACCACCACUCUUCUUCUUCCUCUUCUUCCAAAGCUUCCUCACACAAUAGGAUUCUUCAGAGUUCUUCUUCUUCCGUACACAGAAAGCCAGCAAGUAGUUCUUCUAUUCACAAGAUCUUUGCUUUUGGCUCUCUCUUCAGUCGCCAAGACUCUCAUCAGCACCAGUGGAAAACUCAGAUUAACUAUGAGUAUGAUGCUUCUUCAAGUCCAGAAGAAGACUCAUUCAUUUCAAUCAAGUUUGAAGAGAAUGGUAUUGCCUCGUGGGAAAAGAACACGGUUUCUAACACCAAAAUGAUGUCAAAGAACACCACCACCACCAAAGACAGUAACAACAAGAGUGUGAUAGAGCAUGGAAAGUCACGUGACAUGCUGAGGUGGCGAAAGAGGAUUGGCCACAUAUUCCACCUCAUGAGGUGGAAGAGGACAGGUGGCGUGUGCCACGUAGGCACCAAGGUGGAGGGAGUCAAAGUCAGAAAGAGUAAUUGGAUGAGGACUCUGACAAAGAGGAACAAGACCAUGGAAUGAAAUGAAUAAAGUUUUUAAGAGUCUCGCAUAAAAGAAAGUGACAUUACUACUCUUUACUCAAGAAUUCAAGAAGAACAGCCACCUUUUUAUUUGGUCCCUUGUUCUUUGCAGUAUGACUACUGUAAAGUGUGUUAUAUAUAAAUAUAUAUAUAUAAUACUAUUAUUUUUUAUUAUUUUUUUCCAUAUGCUAAAGUCAAAAAUAGCUUUGUCACUCUUUCAUUCGAAAAUGCGCUUUAAAUUUAUAAAAAAGGAAAAAGUAAGGGGAAAAAAAGGUAUUGCUUUGCAUGCUAGCUUUGAUGAGAAGGGAAUGAGGUUCUUAUUCUUGUAUUUACU